AUGAACAAAGAAUUGUCUGACACGGCUGCUAAAGUACCAAAAACCUCAAUCGAAGUCCUGCGGCUGGACGAGGAAAAAGAGUUCGCAGAUGGUGGGCUCAAUGCGUACUCGGUAGUGGCAGGGUGCUGUCUGGGACUGGUUUCCGUUUUUGGAAUGCUCAACGCAGUAGGUGCCAUCCAGGCGUAUGUUUCCACCCACCAGCUUCGCACAGUCGAAGCUUCGACUAUUUCGUGGAUUUUCGCCCUGUACAUUUUCGCUACUUAUGCUUCCAGCAUCCUUUCGGGCUGUUAUUUUGACCGUAACGGAUGCAAAUCUUCCAAAUGGAUCGGGUGCGUGCUCACCAUCGUGGGGGCCUUUUGUUUGGCUGAGUGCAAAGAGAUUUACCAGUUCAUUCUUUGUCUGGGUGUCCUCUAUGGCACAGGAUCUGGUAUCCUGAUGACAUGUUACGUAUCCACCGUGGCAACCUGGUUCAAGCACAAAAGGGCCCACGCCCAGUCUCUUGCUGGACUUGGCGGGUCCAUUGGUGGUGUUGUCUUCCCAGUUAUGCUUCGGAAACUUUACUCACAACUGGGUUAUGCUUGGGCAAUUCGCAUCUUUGCAUUUCUUAUAACGGCGUGUCUAAUUCCUUCUAUGUUGCUUACACGGGAAAAUGCCACGGUUAUGAACUACCAAACAGAAAAAUUGGGCUGGAAAGAAACUGUUCGCGUUUACAUCCGGUACGGCAUUGACUUGCCAAGUUUGAAGGACAAAAAAUUUCUAUUUUGCGCACUCGGUUGUUGUUUUGCGGAAAAUGGACUUUUGGUAGCAUCUACUUACUUCCCCUCAUAUGCUCUAUCCACAGGCGUUUCCGAAAGCACAUCCUAUACUUUGAUCACGGUGGUCAACGCAGCUGGAAUCCUCGGUAGAGCCUCCGGCUAUAUAGGCGAUCGUUACGUGGGCCGCAUGAUGAUCAUAACCAUUGGUCUGCUUCUCAUGACCGUACUUUCACUCGUCCUCUGGCUUCCUUUCGGUCAUAAACUCGCUGUCCUGUACGUCUUUGCAGCACUAUAUGGCAUCUUUUUCUCCUCAAUAUUGUCCCUGGUGCCGAUAGCUGUUGGACAAAUCUGUAAAAUAGAAGAGUUCGGCAGAAGAUACAGUAUGAUGUAUUUGAUGACGGCAUUAGGAAGUUUGGCUGCGAUGCCCGCGGCGGGUGCGAUUAUAGGAAAGGGAACAUCAAAAGAUUAUCAAAUGUUUAUCGUCUAUUGCUCGUUGCUCACAUUCGCAGCCGCUGCGUGUUAUUUGGCCACGCGCUUUCUGGCAAUUGGACGUAGCAAGAGAAAGUUUUGA